CAUGGCGGACAAAGUCAUUCAAAUCAAAGUUAAUUUUCUUUGAUGUAAAAAAAUGUAGUUACGUUUAGGUUUUUAUAAAGUUUGUCUCUUAAAUCUUUGACUUUAACCAUGACAGACUACAAGGAAGAACAACAUAACGAGUUAGAGGCGCUGGAGUCUAUUUAUCCUGAGGAGUUCUCGAUUAUUAGCAAUGAAGAUCCAAUCUGUUUCAAAAUGUGUAUAAAAGCUUUUAAUGAGAAAACUGAGGACUUCCCAGAAAUUGUAGCAAAGGUAGAUAUCCAGUUCACAUAUGUAGAGAACUAUCCUGAUGCAAUCCCACUGAUUGAAGUGUCAUCUAAUGAAAUACUUACCGAUGAAAAUGUUCAAGAAUUAGAAGAGCUAAUGUUGAAAGAGGCAGAAGAAAAUCUUGGAAUGGUUAUGGUUUUUACCUUGGUGUCUUCUGCUCAAGAAAAGCUUCAAGAAUUUGUAGAUAAUAUUAAGAAAGGAAUGGAAGAAGAAAAACGAAGACGAGAGAAAGAAGAAGAAGAACGAGAAAAGAAAAAAUUUACUGGGACUCCUGUUACAAAGGAGAAUUUUCUGGAAUGGAGAGAAAAAUUUAAUGCAGAGAUGUCAGAAAUGAAGAAAAAGACAAGAAAUGUACUUUUGAUCCCAAAAUCCAAGAUUACAGGUCGUGAGUUGUUUGAACAAGAUGAGAAAAUGAUUCUUUCUGAUGCUGCAUUUAUUGACAGUACAGAUGUUGAUGUUGAAGUUGAUGAAUCAUUGUUCCAAGAUAUUGAUGAUUUAGAACUUGACGAUGAAGAAUUCAAAGAUUAAAUAAUAAAAGUAAGAACCAUUCACAUGUGAUGUUUUUAUUCGUAAUAUUUUCUGGCAAAAAAAUACAAUGCUAUGGGACCCAUUUAAAUUUCUACAUUAGUGCAGCAGUCAGUGAAGUUUUUUUGUAUCYAAUCAAACCAUGGAUUCAUGUUAUGAUAACACGUCCAGUGUUCCAGGCGACAAACAUGUUUAACCCCACCAACAAAAGCAACGAAAUGUGUUAAGUAGUCAGGCAGAUUUUUGCAUAGUUAAUUUGUUAACAUUGUUUAUAAUGUAAAAUGUCUUGUAUAAAAAACGAGCCCCAAACUAGAUACAGUGUAAGCACUAAAAGAAAGACGAGAGGGGCAAAGAUCUUUGGACAAAAAGUGGAAGAUUGUCACUUGUCAUUCCCUACAGUAUUAUUUCCUUGUUUAUCAUUUGCAUAUGGAUUGAAAAAAAAUAAUCUUAUUCUCAAGAGAAUGACACAUGGUCUGCAGUGGGAAAACAUUACGCCUUACGUCCUAGCUAAAACAAGUGUAUUAGUUUUACUCAGAUUAACAACUUGCAGAUGGUUCUCUCUUGACUGUUUUAUUUUAACGAACAGGCUUACUAUAAUUUGUCUGCUUUUUAUCAACCUGUCUGGCUACAGGGCGUUAAUCAUUACUUUAGGCAAGAGUGAUUUGUUGUAUUGUGUUACAGACUAGUUAAUCGGUAGCCAUAGGAAUACAAUGAUGGAAAGUUUGAGCAAUUUUUGUAUAUGAGUGGAAAGUAUACCGACACAUAUUUACACUGAGCACGUAUAACGAGAAAAAUGAAAAUAAAAAUGGUUCAUCGCA